GAAUAUAUGCCUGCACCACUGUAACAAGUGUUUGUAGCGUAAAAUUAAUCCACGCACACCCAAUUCUCUCUUCGUUAGCACCUCUCUCUCUCUCUCUCGCUCUCUCUCUCCUCGUCACUUUUUCUCCAUUGAAGAUAGUUGUUAACAGAUAUUUUUGGGAACCUUCGACAUGUCAAGUGGAUCAGUUAGACGGGUUUCCCGUCAAGAUAUUCAGCUGGUGCAAAAUCUCAUAGAACGGUGUCUGCAAUUAUAUAUGAGCCAGAAAGAAGUCGUGGAAACACUACUAGCUCAAGCAAAAAUAGAGCCUGGUUUCACUGAACUAGUUUGGCAAAAGCUUGAAGAAGAAAAUGAAGAGUUCUUCAAGGCUUAUUAUGCAAGAUUGGUUUUGAAGCAGCAAAUAUUGCAAUUCAACAAAUUGCUUGACCAGCAGGUCCAAUUAAUGCAGUUACACUCAACUGCUGUUGCCUCACUGCCUACAACUAAUGGGUCACAUAUCCCUGCCGUUUCGUCACUGCCUAACUCUAAUGGAUCACAUAUCCCUGGAAUACCGGAGAAUCCAGCAUGCUACACUGCAGACCGAACCCAAACAAGUUUGAAGCCAGAAAAUAUGCAACAUCCUGUUGAUUCCAGAUUGCCUAGUGUGUUUAAUAAUGGUGGGUCAUCACUACAUACAAAUAUGCAUGCUGCAGUUGAUAUGUCAGCUCAUGGCAAUAGGAUUAAUGGUCCUCCGAGCAUGCUUUCUGCUCAAAACGCAAACAUGGGUCUGAUACAAGGAAUCAACGGUGGGAUGAUUAAAUCUGAGCCUGGAUAUUCUGGUUGUUCUCCUUACAUGUUUGGUACUGAUGGAAAUGUCCUGGAGCCACGCCCAGCUAUUGGUGGCAGUUCAGUUACGUCAUUCACUAAUGUCGAGUCCAACUCACAUUCUUUGAACGAUGCAGUCCUAGAUCCAGACACUUCUUCAUUUGGAUUUCUGGGGCAGAUUCCCAGAAAUUUUAGCCUUUCAGAUCUGACUGCCGAUUUUUCUCAGAGUUCUGAUAUACUGGAGACCUAUUCUAGGUCACCCUUCCUAGCUACGGAUAAUGAAAACUUUCUCGACAGAGGAGAACAAGACAAUAAUAGGCUAGACUCCAUAUCAGAAGGUUUAAGUUAUGAAGACUUUGGGAGUGAAUAGUUGAUACCAUUUGGUUGUCGAACUUGCAGGAAGAAGAAAGACUCCUGCGAAGGUCUUCGAUUCAUCCAGAAUCUUGGAUUAAAAAAAACUGUUAAAAUGCUGUGGAGAUGAAACAAAUCCAGAAACUUAAAUCAACUUGGAAAAAAGAAAGAUAGAAGGCAGACUUCUUCCUAGAUUGAGUGCUUCAUGGUGAAGUAGAUUCUAAUGUUAACCCAAUUUCCCUUUGCGCUCUAAUUUUAUUUUUAAAGUUAAACAAAUUCACGCCCCCCAUUCUCCUUUGCGGCCUAUCAUGCCAACGCCGAUUGCCAUUCUCCUUUACUAUUCUUCAGUUAUGAAGAUUUUUGGCAAAUGUAGCAACAUCUAUUUAAAUAUAGGACUAAUUUGCAAUAUUCACGAAAUAUUGCACUCAUUUUAGAUACACUGAUAUCACAUAUAUCACGUAUGGUGUACGCGUCUAUGUGUAUAUAUAUGUAUAUUAGCUCUUGUUAUAACCCUUAAAAUGUACACCUACUAUUAUUUUUUUGUAAUUUAUUGUUGUAAUUUUUUUUAUCCAGAUGUAAACGUAUAAAUUAUGUCAUUUUGUUCAGAGUAUGCGUUAACAGAGUCCAACCAAAACUAAUAUAAAUACGUUACUCGAUCAAUUAUGGUAGGGGAAAACUCGUAUUUAAUUAGAUGUUCCGUUUGCCAAAAAUUAUGUUCAACAAUUAUGUAUGGGAAAUAAACAAGAAUUUAGAAAGAGGAAAACGCGUAUGUAUAAGGUUGUUUGACUAAAAAAUAACAAGCAGGCCUAAUUUUGAAUGAAUCUCCUGUAAUUAUUGUUGUAUAACAAUUAGAGAUUACUAUUUUUAUCUUAAUCCAAUUUUUAUUU